GCAGUUCCCAAAGAUGGAAACACUAGCGCCAAAAGUUCCCAUUCGCCAUGGAGGACUCAUUAAACGUUCUGUUGCUAAAAGCGUGACAACAAUAAAGGCAAAAUUCCAGCACAGAUUCUUUAAACUAUUCGAGGACGAGUUAACGUACUGGACGGCGGAUGGGAAGUACCUAAAGGGGAGUAUACAAAUAACGCAGAUGAGAGCUUGUGAAAGAGUGGAUAAAGAGACUUUCCGACGAUUGUACAUGUUUCAGGUAGUAUACGUAUCUAAGAGCGAGAAGAUGCGGAUACUGUACAUACAGGGGCCAUGUUUCUCUACCACCCGCUCCUGGGUAGAGGAGAUAAGGAGACUGAUAGACAGCAGUGUCGGGUCGGUUAAAUACUCCUACUUCCACAAGGGGGCCUAUCUGAAGCAGUGCUGGAGCUGUUGUAAGAAUAAAGAUAAGUACGCUAACGGCUGCACGGGAACUUCAGAGAGCGACGAGGAGCGCACCAGCCGCCUCAGCAGGAAUAUUAGUAACGUGUCCGCCUUCAGCCCCGCAGCCUGUAGGAGUAGCCGCACAGAAUAUGACGGAAGCUGGGAGACGCUGGGGCGAAGCGCUUCCCCUGCUACCUUCCUAUCUGACGACGAGUUUACUGACGACGACCUGUGAACCUUGUGGAGAGCAUCUGUGCGAAGUAUAGAAUGUCUCUCAGGGUUACCAUGGUGACACCAGUAUAUUACCAGGAUUCGCAGGCAACUAACUAGACUGACAGUCAUAUUGAAUUUGGCAUGAUGCUAAAUUGAAGAAUUGUGAAAUUGUUAGAAUCUAGUUAUGCAAUAAUAAUAUAACUGAGUGAAUAAUUAUUAGUUGACAAACUUUGAGAUUCGGGAAAAUCAAAACAAUAUUGAAUUUAAUUAAUAUUAUAGCCGUUAUAUAUAUAUCGUUCUCACCGCCACUGUAUCUCUUUAAAUCUGCCUACACUAAAAUUUUCUGAGAGGCAAAGCAUCUACCCCUG